AUGGCCAUUAUUAAAAUAAAGAAACCAAGAGAUCCUAAUCAAAUUGAUGUUGAUGAACCUAAAGUAAAAAAGAUACGUAUCAAGACUAAAUCUAAUGACAGGAAGGCUGGAUCUCCUGCGGUUGGAACACCCAAAAUAAAAAUUAAUUUGAGGUCGAAUGAAAAACCUUCAACAGGAAUAAAAGUAAAAUUGAAUCUAAAGAAGGGAAAUAAUGAGAACAGUACAGAAAAGCCAAAAUUGAAGGCACCUCGUUUAAGACUAAAACCGAUUAGAGUACCCGGUGAUGGUUAUGAUUCAGAAGCAUCGGACAUUGAAGAUGAUCCCUUGAUUGAAUCGGGUAUAAUUCUACGAGUACAACCAGAUAUACAAAUAGAAUUUAUAAGGAAUUCUAUUGAAUCAGGAGAUUAUUCUGGUAUUAGCAUAAAAUGGAAGGCAGAUAGGCAUGCGGUUGUAUCGAUAAAUGAUGUGAUGUAUGGUGCAAUUUUAGUGGAUUUACCAACAAUAGUAGAGGUGAACAAGAGUGUCGACAGAAAGAAUUUAUUGAAAACCAUUGAUGUUGAUCAAAUGUUGCUAUGUGUACAAGUAAUUGAAAAAGAAGAUGACGUUUUUCUUUUAGAACCCCCUAAUACUGAGGAUAUAAUAUCAAAGCAUUUUGAAGGCAUACAGGAUGAAAUAAAUGAAAACAAAAAAAUGUUCUUUAAGAGCCAGCAUGGUAAUCAAUUAAGUGAAGUAGAACAAAAAUUUAUACAACAAAUUACUCAAAAGAAGUAUGAUUACACGAGCGGGUUAACACCUCCCUUAUACAAUGUAAGAAAUAGAAGAUUUAGAAGAAAAAUGGCCCCAGUUGAGUUAGAAUAUGUUGAUAGAACUGUAGAAAUGUUACUCAAACAGGAUGAGGGUUCAGAAGAAGUUAAUUAUGAACUUAUUGAUCCUAGUCAGAUCUUACCAAAGACAACAAGCUCAAUGACACUUGUGGCCGAUAUGGAGACCGCAGAACUUGUUGGCAACUCUCCUACUGGUUUGGGAGGUGAUGAAGAGGAUGAAUUAGACUUAGAUGCAGCCUUUCAAAGUGAUGAGGAGGAGAUUUCCGGACAAGCUCACAAAAUUGAUGACGUUUUGGAAGGAGAUGCCCAACAAUAUUCUGAUGCAGAAAUAGAUAAUGAUGUUGAAGAUGAAGAUGAUGACGACGAAGAAGAAGAGGAAGAUGAUGAUGACGAGGAUGACACUGGCGAGAAGGAUGAAAGUAGACAGCAUGCUAAGUUAUUGGAAGACGAACUUCGUGAAUUGGAAUCGACAUUAUCACAUACUAAAAAGAAGUCCCAAAAGGUAACGAACCCUCUAUUAAAAUCAAGAUUUCUUGAUAGUAUAAAAAAACUUGAAAAAGAAGUUGAGUUAAAGAAAAAACAAUUAAAGGUUAAUGAGGAGUCGAUUAAGGGACCUGAAGCUCGUGAAGAGGACAAUAAUGAAGAAAUAAAUGUCAACAAUGAGGAAGAUUUAGAUGACGAAGAUGAAGAUGACGACAAUGACGAAGAAUUAGAUGAUGACCAAGAAGAAGAAGAGGUUGACGAAGAGGUACAGGAAGAUGCAGCAGAACAAAUAGAUGAUGAUAAACUAGGUAAUGAAGACGAAAUAAUAGAUAAAGAGGACAAUCAAGAAGCAGCAGUUGAUAAUCAAGACGAGUUCGACCAAAAUGAUCUAGACAUGAUGAUGUUAUUCGGUGCUGAAGGAGACGAAGCUGAUGAUGAUUAA